AUGGCCGAACUUUCCCCUGUGAACGUCGUGAAGCCCUUCCUAGACGUGAUCCGCCACGAACACGCUAGCAGCACAGUGACGGGUGCUGCACUGCAGGCCGUGAUGAACUUCUUGCACACGUGGCCCUGGGCGGACGUCAAGGACCAGAACGCGGCGGCAGACGCCGUGGCCGACAUCGUGGACGCCGUGAGCCACUGCAGGUUCCAGGAGACGGGCGUCGAGAACGACCAGAACGUGCUGGUGCUCGUGGUGCACGUGCUCCAUGCGGUGGUGCGCUCGCCCUGCGGCGCGCGGCUGUCGGACCACGCGAUGUGGCAGCUGGUGGAGUCUCUUUACGCGCUCAGCCGCGGUAAUCGACACGAUCCGCAUAUUACGCUGCCGUUGCGAUCGACGGCCACGAAUUUCCUGCAUGACACGGUGGCCUUUAUCUUUUCGAAUCCUGCAAUCUACUCGGACUUAGCUCCUGUUGCGGCGCCUGCAAAUGCUGGAUCGGAACCUCUCAGACCGGGCUUUGGACUGCCGUGUGCCGUGAAGAUUGUUGGCUUUUUGUGCCAGAAGCUGCACCAGAAAAACUUCGUGCCGCCUCCGUCCCCGGAUGCACCAGCAGCCAACACUGGAAACACAACAAGCCGUCGCGAAGUGCUGCUGUCGUUUACCUUGCUCCAGCGUGCCUUGAUUGCUUGUGAUGCUGAACUGAUUACCGGCGUGCCGUCGCUGAUGCUGUUUAUUAAAGAUGAUCUGUGUAGCGCCAUUUUGCGUUACUGCCGUCUCGGUGCGUGUGCUGAACUCAAGAUCCCAGUGGUGUGUCUCGAGCUUAUUAGGCUGCUAUGGUCGAAGCUUCGUUCCGAGCUUAAGAUGCAGGUAGAGGCGAUAUUCAACGGAGUGUUCUACCACACGCUGCAUUGGAGUCUCGCGAAUAUGGAUGUGAACAACCCAGAUUUCCCGCGUGGAGAUAAUGCAACCCCGCCAACUGGCGAUGUGAACGGCCAGGCCAGUGACAAACCUGCGGUGACAGUUGACGCGGCACUCGAUGAGUUCUCUGGGGAAAUGUUGUCCAAGAGUCGGCUGUACAACAUUUCGUUUGAAAUCCUGGAUUGCCUCGUGGACUUGCUUGCGGAGGCAACGCUGCUCCCCGACUUGUAUGUGAACUAUGACUGCGAUGGCAACCGUUGCGACCUGACGCAGAGCUUAUUCGACCUGUUAUCCCAGGUUGCUCAGCAGUCCCAUGUUGCGUGCUUUGAGUCGCACGAAGAAACACACUUUCUGUGGGCUCAGGCUGUUGGAGAGAUUGCACUUCGUGGAAUGUUCAAUGCUCUAUACGUUGUGCAUCUUCGUACGCACCCGCAAACACCCGUUGUAAGUGGCGAAAACAGUAGUCCGCCUAGCGAUGAAGAGAUUCGCGAGGAUACGUUGUUGGUGGAUCAGGAAGAGCAGCCUUCCUCUGGCGAUGAUGAUACGUUCGCUUCUGCAGAAGUUUUGUUCAAGAAGCGUCAGCGUAAAAAGUUCUUCCAGCAUGGCAUCCAGGAAUUUAAUCGGAAGCCGCUCGCUGGAAUCAAGUAUCUGCAACAAAACACGUUCCUCCCGACACCACUUGACAGCAUGUCUCUCGCAACUUUCCUGCGCUCACUCCCACAAGGUUUGAAUAAGAAUGCGGUGGGCGUGUAUCUGGGCGCAAUGGGCAAGGAGGUCAAGGGUUUCGAGAAAACUGAGAUUCACGAGGCCGACACGAUGGAUUUCCACCGGGACGUUUUGACCAACUUUGUGCGGUCGUUCAACUUCGAGGGCGAGAGUAUCGUUACAGCGCUGCGCAUGUUUCUUGCGAGUUUCCGUCUUCCUGGAGAAGCGCAGCAAAUUGACCGAAUCCUCAACACGUUUUCGCUGCAAGUAUAUGAGCAAUGCCGAGAACGCUUUCUCAUGGCGUCAGUGGACGUGGCGUAUCUGCUGUCGUUCAGCUUAAUCAUGCUGAAUACGGAUCUGCAUAACCCGAAUAUUCGAGCGGACAAGAAAAUGAAGCUGAUCGACUUUAUCAGAAACAACAAAAACUACGGCCAAGAGGUUUCUAAGGGCUUAGAUUUACCGGAGGACUAUUUGACCGAGUUGUACGAUACCAUCGCGAAGGACGAAAUCAAGACGUUUGAAGAUGGCGGUAAACAUGGUGAAGUGACCAGUGAUCGGUGGAAGGACCUGCUCAAUCAAGCAGAAAGUGACCCGCGCAACUCGCGCUUAAUUGUGCAUCACCCCGCGUUGCACCUCCGGUCGUUUAGUACGCCUCGCCGAAUUGGUAUUGCCCAAGGCGUAUCGUCACCCCUAGCACCUGAUGCUAUGCGUACGAUGAAGCAGGCCCGUCUCACUAAGAGCACAUCUACUCCUGCAAAUGGAACGACGGUGAAAAGCGGUACUUGGGAGCAACAGGAUGGGUUUGACGGACUUGUGCCUCUCUAUGCCUCGUCGGGUAACCAGUACGACCGCCACAUUUUCGAGCUGAUUCAUCAAAGUCUUGUACGAGCCUUUGGCAGCGUGUUCCAGCAAUUUGUCGUGGAUUCACAAGCGAAGGAUGCAGCGCGUGGUGAGGAUCUGUCUGUUGGCAACAGCUAUGAGAUGCACUACGUGCCUCAGAAAAGCGCCCUCCAGCUCGCAUGCAACGGUUUCGUGCUGUGCGCGGCGGUGGCAUCCAAUUUGUCGCUGGUGGAACACUGCAACGCAAUAUUUAUCCGUCUUUGCAAAUACACGGCGCUGCUAUCGUCGGAUAUUUAUCCGGUGGGGUACAACGGCCGCGAGAAUGGUAUCUGGGUGUUUUGCGAUAAUCAAAGUGCCCCUAUCGCGACAGCUGCCGUGCUAAAAAUUGUCAGUACGUGCAGUUUAUCGCUCCACAGUCGUUCAUGGAAGUACUUCUUCCACGUCGUUAGUGGCUUGCGGGAGUUCCAUGUGUUGCCAACUCGGAUUCUGUACCCCAGUGACGACAUGAAAUUGGAGCUGAUGACACCAGACGAGCGGCUGGAGUUUAUUGACUUGGUGUACCAGAACAAGGAAGAGUUGGAAAGGAGAAUUGCGCUAAGUGCUCAAGAGCAGGACGGUAGUGAUGGCGACUCUGGCGGCUUUUUCAGUGGUGUUACUUGGCUGUUAUCGGCACUCGACUCCAACCUUGGUGGAUCUGCGCCAGGAUCUUCUGCACCGACAAGGUCGCAUCUGUCUCCUGGUUUCGAACAGUACCAGCUGAGCCCAGCCGAGCUGGCGUCGCAUACCGAAGACCUUGUGAUCGAGGGAAAAACACCGAAGAAGCAGCCAUCGAGCGGUGAACACGACCCGAGAGGUGAUUUUGGCACCGAUCUGUGGAUCCGAACCACAUUGCAGCCGUACCGUCUUGAAUUUUUGAUGCAAGACGUGGCAAGCUUACCCUCUCGUGCUCUGGCUGAAGUUAUUGAAGCACUGCAUGACGAGACACUGCGCGUACUGAGGGGCCCGGAUGAGAAGGAGUCACCAAAAGACCGGAAGAAAUCCGCGAAACUGUCACUUAGCCAAGGUGGGUGCGUGUUAUUCGAACACUUGCUGAGUCAAGUGGUCGCACUGGGCGGUUCCCUGUUUGAUGGCGGGGCUGACGAUGAAGACGGAAUAUCUGCCGUGCUGGAAGCCCACUACACCCAAAUCCUGGAAGUUCUGCGACCAGUGCUUCUUACCAACCACAGCCCCAGCGGGCUCACGUACGAAAACGCGUGCUUCUUGUUGCACAAGUCGAUCAACGGCCUGUUUGCAUGGGUGACACGCACUCGUAGCGAAGCUAACGGCCUGUUAUUGAUCACCUUCCUGAGCACCUUUAUGGAAAUGAGCGGUGAUGACGAGCUGAUUCGUCCGUUCCUGACGUCAAUCAUGCGCGGGUUGGAUCGAUAUGUAACUUUGGUGGAGCCAAGCAACCUGCACUACUCUCGAAUGGAUUGGCUCACGAUCUGUAAUUUGAUCAGCUGGUCUGUCGGAAUGCCCCACGCAGCUUCUCGUGCUUUCGGACUGCUUGAACGACUUGUGACGGAGAAGAUCUGGAAUGGGGAGGGAAAUGACAUUCUCAUCAGCGAUUGCUACACGAAGAUGAUCAUGUUUGCGAUGAAGGCUCGCGAUCCGCACGACUCAUGGGCACCGUCACGCCCUCUCGAUCUGCUGCUCUUCAUGUUUGACACGCUGCGUCCCGAUGCAACCAAUUACGUUGAAGAACGCCUACGCUUCUUGGGCGGAACAGCUGUUGUGUCAAGACAUUUGCUGCUGAAUCAGAUCAAACAGGAACUUUCCAAUGACCUCGUCGUAGCGGCAAUCGAGGGGCUGAAGCAUAUGCUUCGCGAACACGCGGGGACUGAACGAUCAUUCAAGGCCAUGGCCUGGUUGGAUGUUCUCCGGUACGGACUUGUUCCUGUCGGUUUUGACUUGCUAAAUGAUGCUGGACCCAAACAUUCUGGUGGAGCUAUGCAUUUCGGAGAGGAUGAAGAAGAAACGAAUUCUCCGUUCCUCUAUUACCGGCGCCAACUUCCAUCCUUCGACGAUGAGAACUCAUUGAAGCAUCCUACUGCCUCUCAAACGCACACUGAGUCCAAGGGACCUACUGGUCGUCGUCGAAGACCAUCGACUAUGAAAGACCCGUUGGCACUUCGACCGCAUGUCGUUGUGGUUCAACUGCUCUCUCUUGUGGUGUGCGAGGAGCUGACAAAGCUGCAGACGUGCGCCAAAUUCCCGGCCGUAUGGGAAGACGUGGCAGAGCUGCUGGUAGGUUUGCUGGAUCACACUGCCAUGGAAACCCCUCCGUCCGCAGGUGAGGGUGCAGCGAGCGGAGAGGUACUAAUCGCGGCACUCGAGCGUCGCAGCGUGCUAUCAGCGCACGAGGAAAUUCUUGAGCACAGCAAGGGCAUUGUUCGACGCUUAGCAAUGCUUCAAGAUGAGGAAACGAAAGACGAAGAGGAGAAGGAGGAGCAGAAGGAAGAUGCUCCAAAUGUUGACCAAGCCCAGCCAAACCCCUUAAUGCAAGUGCUCGAGGAGAAGUGCCGUGCCCACCCAGACUUGAUUGACCAGCUUUUCUCGUCGAAGGAUGAUACUGGAUCUACUGGUGGACGCACUCCUCCGAUCGAAGAAGUUGAUGGAGAAAAUGCUGACGAGCAGAACGACAGCGAUGCGUCGAGCUGAACACGAAGGUAGUGGAUAAAUGUUUGUUCAUAGAAGUAUGCAGAUGUUAGGUAGUGGUGUUGAGCUGACUGUCGUUGAGCUAGCUGGGCCUAACCGUUGUUGGGUGGCCGCUUUCUGACGUAGGCCCGUGCGCAUCCAGUAGACUCACAGCCUCGUCGGCCUUCGAGUAAAUGGUCAUGAUCUUCUCUGAG